UCUUCCUCGCAGUCGCCCCAUUCUGCGCGGUGUGGAUCAAUAACCAUACACAAUAAACCCACACGUCUCGUUGAUGCUGGAAUAUUUGGUUUUCUAUCCAAGUUUCUGAGACUCAGUGAAGUGCUAGUUAAGACUUGUGGGUUGUUUCCUAAUGAAAGGCUUCUGGCGACCCUUUGCUAGGCUUGGCGUUAGGAGUUAUUCGGUGUUAGGCUAUGAUCAUCUGAGAAUUAAUGGGGUUGAAGAUGUUAUUGCCGUUGCUUCUGGUAAAGGCGGUGUUGGCAAGUCUACCACUGCAGUUAAUUUGGCCGUUGCACUAGCUAACAAGUGUCAAUUGAAGGUGGGCUUGCUUGAUGCUGAUGUGUACGGGCCAUCAGUUCCAACCAUGAUGAGAAUCAACCAAAAGCCAGAAGUUACUAGAGAUUUGAAGAUGAUUCCUAUUGAGAACUAUGGAGUGAAGUGCAUGUCAAUGGGAUUUCUGGUGGAUAAGGAUGCACCGAUUGUGUGGAGAGGUCCCAUGGUGAUGAGUGCUCUCCAGAAAAUGUCAAGGGAAGUCGAUUGGGGAAGUCUUGAUAUUCUUGUGGUGGAUAUGCCACCUGGCACAGGUGAUGCACAACUAACUAUGUCCCAGAAGCUUCAGUUGUCAGGUGCUUUGAUAGUUUCAACCCCGCAAGAUGUUGCCUUGAUUGAUGCUCGUAGAGGAGUUAGAAUGUUCUCUAAAGUUCAAGUUCCUAUUUUGGGAUUAGUAGAGAACAUGAGCUGCUUCAAAUGUCCACACUGUGGUGAACCUUCAUUCAUUUUUGGGAUGGGUGGAGCUCGUAAUACAGCGGCUGAGAUGGGUUUGCAACUUCUUGGUGAGAUACCCAUUGAAGUGGACAUUAGGAAAGGUUGUGAUGAAGGCAUACCAAUAGUGGUAUCAGCACCUGAUUCUGUUAUCUCCAAAGCUUACCAUGAUGUGGCUCAAAAUGUUGUCAUGAGACUUGAGGAUUUAGCAAAAAAAUGAAACCUAGCUCAAGGGACUGGACCAGUGGAGUUUAUUCAGGUGGUUAGUUCACUCAGGUAAGGUAAACCGCCUUCAUUGUCGUGGUUUGUUGGCCGUAUUUACUUGGUGGUGGUGCGUUUGAGAUUCUCCGGAGACCCAAAUUGUAUAUCAAAGAUUUCAGUUUGAGGUUUUUUAAAUUGUAUAUCAAAGCGUGGAAGCAUAAUGAUUAAGAAACUAAUUUGGAUGUUGCACACUCAAGCCAGUUGAGUUUGUCAUUAGAUAGCUCUUUUGCGCGACGGAUGGAAAUGUUGAGCCCUUCAUCUGCCCCAACUUUUCUAGUAAUAGCGGGCACAUUUGUUCAUUUUUUCUUGUAGUUGUUCCAUGUUGAAACUCGCUGGUGCUAAAAUGAUUUAAAGCUUUGAAAUUAAUCUAAGAAUCUUACGCAUUUGUAAAAUUUUUUGUACAUGAGCUUUGAAUUGGACAAA